UCCGCCCUCUCUCUCUCUCUCUCUCUCUCUCUCUCGAUUCGAGUGUCCUGCUCUAUCUCUUCUUCUCCUUUACAUUCCAUGGCCUUGUAUCGUACAACAUCCUGUCAUCCCGUGCACGGUAGGCAGUAAGAAAGUACUUAAAUAUAUGCUGCAAGUAAGCUGGCCAACAAACUCUCAACACACACACACACACCCCUAAACUCUGGUACUACGCAUAUAUAUGAGGAUCGAAGCAACCUAGUUAAGUUGGAGCCUGAAAGAGUCGAGCAGCUAGCUAGGGGAUAGAGAGGAGCCAGGUGAAGGCUGCAAAUUAAACCUCUGAUCGGAAGGGCAUCAGCUAGGGAGAAUGAGAGGGUUUGAGAGAAAAGGGGUCCGGCAGUACAACCGGUCAGAGGUGCCGCGGAUGCGGUGGACGGAGGAGCUGCACCGGCAGUUCGUCUUGGCCGUCGAGUGCCUCGGUGGCCAGGACGAAGCAACUCCGAAGCAAAUUCUUCAGUUGAUGGGCGUGAAGGGAGUUAGCAUAUGUCAUAUCAAGAGCCAUCUUCAGAUGUACAGAAGCUCCAGCUCCAGUAGCAGCAGUACCCAUAAUCAGUCCUCCAGCCUCCAGAAGCUGACAUCGACCACGGCGAGCAACAGCAAGCGCGUGUUCUUGAGCCGUGAAGAUCAUGCGUCACAGGCAGAUGGCAGCACUCCAGCUUCAGACGAGAACAUCUAUACUACCAUGCUCUGUGGUUGCAGCCACUCAACACCAUACCAAAUACGACCGUCGCUAGAGGGAGUCUUCAGAGGCUUGGAACAAACAAGAAUGCUUGCAACAACAGAGAAGUCGAUUAGCAGGCCAAGUCACACUGAGAAGCAGCACACCGGAUGCGACCUCACGCUGUCGAUCGGCCUGUGGGCGGAGGAUGCGAGCAGCAACGACGUCGACGGCUCGAGCUCCAUCAGCGAGGAGCUGAUGCCUGCUGCUCCGGCAGCGGGCGCUCGCCGUGCCGCCGCCGUGAAGGAGGAGAGCGAGGCGGCGGCUCUAAACCUGGACCUGACCAUCUCGUCGUCUUAUUGGCUGGCCCUGACGAGUGACGACGGCGCACGCCGACGCACGGCCGGCUGGCGGCGCUAGCUAGCUGUGCAUGACGGGCGUAGGUACGCGCGCAUCUCAUGCACAGCCGCAGCAGACUGUGAUCAGGCCAUCAGUACCCGACUGUAUAUGUGUGUAUAUGCUAGUGUUAAAUUAACAGGAUCUCUAGGAGUAGAUUAUUCUAUUGAGUAAUUUCGGGUUCUUAAUUUCUAGAACAAAACUGUAUUAGAUUGUUACCGUCAUUAGGAAGCACAGGCGUGUUGGAGGAUGUAAAUCCGUCCGCCAUCAGGUUCGUUGAUGAAGGUCGAUGCAGCGAGGUUGUCAAUGGCGAUAAACGGCAGUGUUUUCCCGUCACUGGCUGCGCACCCUCUUAGAUCGGUGUUAGGAUAUGUCGGUGGGGAGUACGACUCUCGUGAACUACGUCCUCUCUGCCGUCGGCCCCCACCCUUUUAUUUAUAGCAUAGUGUGACAGGGGCCCACCAAUUAUAUAUGGUUGGGCGCCCCCGAUCAGGGC